AUGAUCUCUGUGCCACAGCACCUCGCACCGUGCGCCCCGCAGCACACACGGCCAAGUCCGUCUUCCACUCGCUCCACUCCCCGAGUGACCGACACGCAUCGCGCCGCCGGUGGUGCCGUGGCCACGUGGACCACGAGCCGCGCGAGCCGCUGGGUCCGGUCGCGAACCGGACGGCGUGUCGAGAUUGUGGACGUGGAGGUCAUGGAGACUCCGGAGGUGAAAGCUGGGCUCAAGGUGGUCGAAGAUAUCUUGAAGUUGGUGGACAGCACUGGGGUGCCGUUGCGAAACCAGACCAUGGAGUACAAGGCCGAGCCCAUGCGGUCUCCCCUGGCCAGCUGUGGCAUCGAAGCCUUGGGAUCUGGGCCAAAGGCCAUAGAGCUCUUGGUGAAGGGCCUUGAAAGCCGGGUGGACCAAGAUUCCGCGGAGGUGGCGGCUGCGGUGCUUUGUUUGAUGCUAGGUGGUCUGGAUGAGGCGCAUAAUCUCAUCACACCACAUACCUGGGCUGCUCCCACGACCUUCGCUGGCCCACCGAAGCUGCAGAGUACCAUGUCACGGGAUGCGAAGUACUGCCAUGUGAUUGUUCACCGGAUGGAGGGCGAGAAUCUGGGAGAGUUUGGAUCAGGCUUUAACAACAGUGGUUAUUGGAUGGGCCAGGCCUUCUACUUCUCGUCGGGAACCUCUGAACAUCCCAUUUUUCCAGCACUCAGACGAGAUGCGGAGGAGUUCGCUGAGGAUGCGUCGGACGCACGGCGUCUCCUCAGAAACAUGGGGCCUAAAUGGGAGCCCAAGCUCUUCAACAACUUCUGUGAGGACGCCCUGUUGCACGAAGAUCCAGAAUUGAUGGAGUUUUGCAAGAAGGUCCAGACUCGAGAGCUACAACUCCUUUAUGAGCACAUCAUGACUCAGAAUUCCGAAAAAGAGAUGCUCACCUUGUAA